UUAAACACCCUUUCCCCCAGAUGUCAACUUUAUAAAUCUCUCAAGUCUCAACCACAUACUGUUAGCCUUCUAUAUAUUUUUUCCAUGCUAGCUAUUACCAAACAACAACAACAUCAUGCCCAUCUUUGUCUUCUCCCUUUAAAUCCUUCCCUCCGUCUCUAUAUCUCUCUCUUUAUAUAUAUAUUAUAUAUAUAGAUAGGCGUAUCAUAUCAUACGCAUUUUAAUUAUAACCUCACACAGCAUAUAUAUUUCCUCGGCUGAAUUACCCAUGGGGGCUCACCGUCGGUUCGAACCAAUAACCAAAUGCAGCACCGAAGGUCGGUCCAAUCAAACGGUGGCUGCAGACCUUGACGGCACCUUACUCAUCUCACGCAGUGCUUUUCCUUACUUCUUACUUGUUGCCCUAGAAGCUGGCAGCAUUCUUAGGGCAUUAAUCCUAUUAGCUUCAGUCCCAUUUGUCUACUUCACCUACCUGUUCCUCUCCGAGUCUAUGGCUAUCAACACUUUCAUUUUCAUCACCUUUGCCGGGUUGAAGAUGAGAGACGUGGAGCUGGUUUCUAGGUCUGUGUUACCUAAAUUCUAUUCUGAGGAUGUUCACCCGGACACGUGGAGAGUUUUCAACUCGUUCGACAAAAGGUAUAUUGUGACGGCUAAUCCGAGAGUGAUGGUGGAGCAUUUUGUGACGACGUUUUUAGGUGCCGACAAGGUUAUAGGGACGGAGCUGGAGGUCACGAAAUCUGGGAGAGCAACUGGGUUUGCCAAGAAACCUGGAGUUCUUGUUGGGGAACACAAAAGAGACGCUCUCCUUCGAGAAUUUGGUAGUAACAUGCCUGAUUUGGGCUUGGGAGACAGGGAAACUGAUCAUGAAUUCAUGUCACUUUGCAAGGAAGGAUACAUGGUGCCAAGAAACAAAUGUGAAGCAGUGCCAAGAAAGAAGCUGCUUAGUCCUGUAAUAUUUCACGAGGGUAGGUUGGUGCAGAGACCCACUCCUCUGGUAGCUCUCUUGACCUUCUUGUGGCUGCCAAUUGGGAUUAUACUCUCCAUUUUAAGGGUAUAUCUAAACAUCCCUUUGCCUGAGCGAAUAGCUCGAUACAACUACAAACUCCUCGGAAUCAGACUCGUCGUUAAGGGCACCCCUCCGCCACCACCCAAGCCCGGCCAACCUGGAGUCCUCUUCAUCUGCAACCAUCGCACUGUUCUUGACCCAGUUGUCACCGCGGUCGCUCUCGGCAGAAAAAUCAGCUGCGUCACUUACAGCAUCAGCAAGUUCACCGAAAUAAUCUCACCAAUCAAAGCCGUUGCUUUGUCCAGAGAACGGGAAAAAGAUGCAGCCAACAUCAAGCGCUUGCUCGAAGAAGGCGACUUGGUGAUUUGUCCUGAAGGAACAACGUGUAGAGAACCUUUUCUUUUGAGAUUCAGUGCUCUCUUCGCUGAGCUCACUGACAGAAUCGUCCCUGUGGCCAUUAACACCAAGCAGACUGUGUUUCAUGGCACUACUGUUCGUGGGCACAAGCUUUUGGAUCCUUACUUCGUGUUUAUGAACCCGAUGCCCACUUACGAGAUCACGUUCUUGAACCAGCUGCCCGCCGAGCUCACCUGCAAAGGCGGCAAGUCUGCCAUUGAAGUGGCUAAUUAUAUACAGAGGGUUCUUGCUGGGACGCUCGGGUUUGAGUGCACCAAUUUGACUAGGAAGGACAAGUAUGCGAUGCUUGCUGGGACUGAUGGCCGUGUUCCUUCUAAGAAAGAAAAGGAGGUUAAUUAAUUACUUAAUAUUAUAUUUUAAGAUUAUAAACAAUUUUAUUUUCUUUUUUGAUUAUCAAGUGUCGAAGAACAUUAAUUACCAUCGCAAUAAUACUUCAUUUGGGUCCAUUA